CAGUCUUCCUCCGUAGUCCAAGCAGGCGAGCGAGGCGGCAAGGCGGGAGGAGAUAACGCCGGAGCUAGUUCGCGGGCAGGGGCAGGUACACCCCGCUUCUUCUGAUUGCUGUGGAGCCUCAGAUUCCUGCCUGAUGGUUCUCUCCUGUUAAGUUUCUCGGUGGGAAUCUUUUCUGCAAAAAGCAAUGCAAUAGUGGGUUCAGCUCCGCCCGUGGGGAAUGGCGCCGCCGCCGAAUGCGAGCAUGGGGCUGCUCAGCUUGAGUGGCUGCGGGUCUCUCCUCCCCACCCCGCAGCCUAAUUCGAGCCAGGGUCGCGGGUUCUCGGUCCCCGGGAGGAGCGUCUCUGUGUUGCCACUGCGCUGGGGUUUGGCGAGGAAGAGAGGCCGGGUUCUUGAUUCAAGAACUGACGGUGCUGUGGCUGGUGGCGAGUCCGGCGCCGGGUCGUCGGAGCUGCGGCACAUCGAGAAGGAGCUGACGUUCAGCCCGACCUUCACGGACUAUGUGAAGAUCAUGGAGUCGGUUAAGUUGGACAGGAGCAAGAAUUUACAUGGCAGCGAUUCAGAUAGCCGGAGCUCGAGAAGAAGGUUCACGGGUGAUGGUGACCGACAUGGGGAUGGGAGGUCUGGUGAUGCAAGGAAUAAACCUUUUGAAAGGAAUCAGGGGCCUCGGAGGAACAGAAGGAGUGACAUAGGUAGAGUAGUGAAAUUGGCGAAGGAUGAUAAUCAAAAGGAUGUUACUGGAUUCGUGGAAAGAAGAGCAAUGGGUGAUGUAAAAAAUAACCGCCAUGGUCAAGGAGAGGUUGAAGAAUAUGUGCAAAGAAGAAUAAUUUGUGGUGACACGAGAGGAGAUGGAGGCAAUGGGCAGCUCUCAUCACAUUUGAAGGUCAAAGAUACUAGCAGUAGUAUGUCUGAACACCAGUCAGUGAGGAACAGGCAAAAUCAGUCAGUUGCAGGGAGUUAUUUGGAAGGGCAGGUACCGUAUACUCCACCUCGGACUUCUGCCCUUCCGAAUAACAGCAUUUCAUCAAAGAAUGCCAAGUUUCAAAUGGGAAAAGGAGACUUUACUAGCACAAGUAGUAGUCGUGACUUCAAAUAUCCCAGGCAGAGUACAUUUUUUAAUAGCGAGGUCAAUGCCAACAGUAAAGUUCAAAGACACCAGCAAAGAGUAGAGAGUUCAGGGAGAAACUUUGUAGAGUGUAGGUUAGGAGAGAUUGACAUAGACUCUAAGAAGUCAACGCCUCAGCAUGAUAGCCAUUCAAGUGAUAGUUUGAAGAGUGAUAAACCUAGAAAAAUUCAAAUGCAGAGAGGAGCAAAUGUUAAUAUGGGGAAAUAUGUUAGGAGGGACACUGAAGCUACAUACUUUGAUGAUAGAGCUGCUUUCAAGUCUUUUGAGGUAUUCACUGAUGUCAGGGAUAGGCCACGGAUUCUUCGGAUGGAAAUGGAAGAGAGAAUACAGAAGUUAGCUAGUCAGCUCAAUGCUACAGAUGUCAAUACUCCAGAGUGGAAAUUCUCCAAAAUGAUUCAUGAUGCACAAAUCAAAUUCUCUGAUCACUCAAUCCUAAGGAUUGUUCAAAUGUUGGGUCGAUACGGAAAUUGGAAACGCGUUUUGCAAGUUGUUCAAUGGCUUGAGUCACGUGAAAGGUUCAAGUCCUACAAGAGCAGGUAUAUUUACACAACAGUUCUUGAUGUUCUAGGAAAGGCAAAGAGACCAAUCGAGGCAUUGAAUGUAUUUUACACCAUGCAGAACCAAUUGUCAUCGUAUCCUGAUAUGGCAGCUUAUCAUUGUAUCGCUGUUACUCUUGGGCAAGCUGGUCUUGUCAAUGAGCUAUUUGAUGUGAUUGAUUGCAUGCGUUCUCCUCCUAGGAAGAAGUUCAAAUUGGGCCCUCUUCAGAAUUGGGAUCCUCGCUUGGAACCAGACCUCAUUGUAUACAAUGCGGUUUUAAAUGCUUGCGUGCAACAAAAGCAAUGGGAAGGGGCAUUUUGGGUACUGCAACAGUUGAAAGAGAAGAAUAUUCGCCCAACAAAUACAACAUAUGGUCUUGUUAUGGAGGUAAUGCUUGUCUGUGGAAAGUACAAUUUGGUGUAUGAGUUCUUCAAUAAGUUGGAGAAAUCAUUGAUACCCGGUGCUCUGAACUAUAAAGUUCUUGUAAAUGCACUUUGGAGAGAAGGAAAGAUCGAUGAAGCAGUAAUGGCUGUGAAGGAUAUGGAAAGUCGUGGAAUCGUUGGUUCCGCUAGUCUGUAUUAUGACCUUGCACGGUGCCUUUGCAGUGGAGGGCGGUGCAAAGAAGCACUUCUCCAGGUUGAGAAGAUAUGCAAGGUUGCCAACAAACCGCUGGUUGUUACCUACACAGGACUCAUUCAAACUUGCAUAGACAAUGGCAGCAUGGAAAAUGCUAAAUACAUAUUCAACGAGAUGUGCAGCUACUGUUCACCUAAUACCGUGACUUGUAACAUCAUGCUGAAGUUGUUUCUGGAACAUGGAAUGCUUGAAGACGCGAAGGAUCUACUCCAGGAUAUUCUAAACGGCAGGAUAAGGAGCAAAGCGGAUUCGAGCCAAACCGCAACUGCUGACAAGUUUACUUUCAAUACUUUCAUGGAGGCCUGCGCUGCAUCACAAAGGUGGGAUGAUUUUGAGUAUGCGUUUCGUGAGAUGUUAUCGAAAGGGUACCAUUUUGAUGAGCGAAGGCACCUGCGCAUGGUACUCGACGCUUACAGGAAUGGGAAGGAACAACUGCUGGAUGAUCUAUGGCGCUACCUGUGCCACCACAACCGUGCCCCGCCUGCACCAGUCAUAAUGGAAAGAUUUUGCCUGAAACUGGUACAAGGAGAAACGAUGGCGGCAAUCUCCUGUGUCAGCAGGUUCCACCAGGAGGGCAAGAUACAGAACACGUCUGCCAUGUCGUGGCUCAAUCUACUGAACCGAAAUGCAGACAGCUUGAAGCAUGAGCAUGUUACCAAGUUAGUCCAUGAACUCAGCAACUUCGUUAGCUCGAGGAGUUCCUCAGAUAACAUUAGUUUGUACCAAAAAAUUCAGAGUAGCUGUACAGCGUUCCUUUCUGGUGCCACCGUUGUAGAAAAGGCGCCUUCUGGCCAGCAGAUGGCUGUGGCUUUACACCAUUCAUAAUCACCACAAUUCCUCCAUUCUACUAUAUUGCGUUCAACCAUUCGAAACAUUGCCACUGCCUACGGUUGUGAGAAAUGUAGCUCGUGUCAGAAUACAAAGGUUGACUUGGCGGCAUAAAAGCAGUA